UCUACUAGAACAUCAGAGGUUCCUCCCCGGCUCUGAAAAUCGGUUUCAUCUCCUUCUGAACAGAUUGGCGACCAAGUGGACGAUCUGUCAAAGACUUCUUUCUGACAUGCACUUUGAUAAAUCGCCAAAAGAGAAGCCGUGUUGCACUCUGCCCACAGUGAAGAAACUCUUGGAGCAGAAGAGAAGACGUGAGACGUCCUCCGUUCCAUCCACCUGCUCCACUGCCAGCACAAGUCCUGUUCCCCCAACUACUGCUACACAAUUGUCUUCGUCAGAACCAUUUACCUGUACAGGUGCAGCAACCAGCUACUCAGACAUGGCAGUGAGCUAUGAGCAGUGGGCCCCGGGCCCUGAUUCCGCACUCAGUUACUACACCAGCCAUCCAGGACCCAGCUUUGCUGCACCGUACAACCUCCCAAUGGCAACUGAGUACAGCACUCAGCAGCAGCAGGUCCCUGGGUUUGCAGAGACAAUUCCUCAGACAUAUGAGUGUCCAAUGGCAGUGGGAGAUCCCGCCAUGGCCCCGUGGUCUCUCCUCGCUCCUAGCCAGAGCGCACAGUUGAGUUUCGGUCCAGCGAUGGACGCCACUAAGCUGGAGGAGGCCAGGAUGCUUCUCAACAGGAUGGACUACACCAGGGCCAUGUGUCAGGACGAGGACGGAGACACCAUCCUGCACAUAUACACCGCCAAAGGACUCAGGGAGUGUGCCUUUGCCGCUGCAGAGACGCUGCGGGAUUUAGGGAAGCUCGAUGCCAAAGAACACAAGGGAAAGACUGCUUUACUCGUGGCGGUGACAGCAAACCAGCCAGAAAUCGUACAAGAUCUGCUGUCGUUAGGGGCGGAUAUCAAUGCCUGCGACGUUAAAGGACAGACUGCCCUCCAUCUGGCUGCUCACUACGGAUACCCUGCUGUUCUGCAGGCAAUUCUGUCCAGCAGGCCGGCCGUCAACCUGGAGGCCCGCAAUUUUGAAGGUAUGACUCCCCUGCACUGUGCAGCCAUUUCUCACAGCGUUACUAUGAAGGCUAUGGCUACCAUCGGGCUACAAGAUAUCAGUAUCCAGAACCAGGCUGGGGAGAAGCUCUCCUGUGUGCAGAUGCUUCUCAACGCAGGGGCGUCCCUAGUCAGCCAGGAAGUCAAAAGUAACAAGACCGUGCUGCACUUGGCUGUGAAGGAGGGGAACAUAGAGCUCGUGCGCUAUCUGCUGAGGAUUCCCCUGCCAAAUAUGAAAGAGUUUGUCAACAUGAAAGCACACGGUCACACAGCUUUACACAUGGCAGCCGGUCUCCAUGGUAACCCCCACCAGGAGGAGGUCCUGCAGCUGCUGCUGAGCAGAGGAGCUGAUCCCAGUAUCCGCAAUCUGGAGAACGACCAGGCGGCUCACCUGCUGCAGAGUGGCCUGCAGGGAGACCAGCUGAAGCUCAUGCUGAAGAAACGGAGUGCUUCCUCCCGUCGACGUAUCCUCUCCUUGCAGGAUCAGGAAUGAUUUAAAACACAUGUAAUCCCCAUUUGGAGGGAAUAAGUCUGUAAGAUGGUUCCUUUGUUGAGAAAGGGGAUUCACAUUUUAUUAUUGUGAGGUUUUGGGAGUCUCUGGCCUGUAGAGCGAAAAUCAAACUACUUCGGCACACUCAUCUCCAGAUACAGUACGAUUCAUAUUGUAUUAGACAAAUGACGCUUUAAUCCUAAAGCUUAAAUUCCCUGCCUGUGUAACUAGAGUGCUUUAUUUAUUUUAAGUAUUCAACUGGACGUGAAACAUUUCAUUCCAAAAUGCAAUGUCCUCUGUCAAGCCUUUUCGCAGAACCCGUGUCUGUUGGUCGAAGCGUUUAAAAUGUUGACCAAUAUUCACGUUUUCAUUUUUGUCAGUUAAGGAUAUGGAGCAUUUUGAAAUGAAAUGACAAAUAGAGAGCAUUAGUUAUUUGCUGGACAUACAAGGUAUAGAUGCUGUUGUGGAAGACGGAGUUAUCUUCAUUUUCCUGACAGGCUACACUCCCUGUUUAAUGUUGAUUUCUGUGAAAUCGUGAGAAUAAGCUCCAGGACAAUGUCCCUGAAACUCGUGUGACUCUCUUGUCAAACCCCCCAUCCCCACCCCCAACUAUCUAUAGUGUAAUUUCACUUUUUUCUGUAUGCAUCAUACAUAUAUCUACAACAUCAGGUGCAAUUUUCUUUGUGGAAAAGGAAACUUUACUGUGUAAAAAAAAACUGCUAUGUCCUUGAAACCGAUCUCUUGUCAGAGACAUUGCAUGAGUAAGUGCAGUGACAAAUUGUAUGACUGCCUGUACAUUUUAGUCGUGAGUCAUGAGUGAAAGUACAAUAACACUGUUCACGUUCCGCCCCGACUGUUUUGCUGUUCUGGGUGUCCUGUGAACAGCCCCGUUUUCACUGAGCUACAGAGAUUAGCAGGAUGGAAAAUACACCCAUCCCACAAAAAACUGUGUCUGCAGUUGUUAUUUGGACUCCCACAUGGCCCAGCAUUUGUUUCUCACACUCAAUUUCAGUCGAGGCUUACUGCUCUGACAAUGAAACCCGACGAUGAGACUGUAACCCGAGUGACAAAUAGGCCUCUCGCUUACAGUAUGUGUCACUUUUUUUCAUAUUACACAUGUGGUAAAUUCCUGUUAGGUAGACAGAACAGGUCGAUCUCAUGAGGACGCCGCACAGCGAUUAAAAUGCUUUUUUUAAUCCUUGAAGGUUUUACGCAAUCACCUAAUAAAGGGGCGGUGACUACAGACACAGUACGUCAUGUUGAGUAAACAAGACCUUUAUUUGGAAGAAAGACUUUACAGGGAAUUCCAUAGUUUCAUUUUUGAUACCUCAGCCUUAACUUAAAACUGAUGAUGUAUUUCACAGCAGUCUCACAAUCACCACUAUGCCAGCUAUCUCAUUUUUUUGUUUAUUUAUUUAUUGCUUUCUGUAUUUUUUUUUUUUUUUUUAGCUCUUCCUAUUGAUUGUAGUUGAAAAGUCCAAAAAUCAGAGCAGAAGUUGAGGAAACACAGAAGCCAACGAUUGUUACAUUUGAUGAGUGAAUGUAAAGUCAGCGACACAAAAUGGACAAAUCGAUUUUUACGUUUUGUAACCAUGCUCUUCAUUUUAUUGUGUUACAACAAUGAAUUAUAUGAAAGAGAAACCAAACUUGUUGCAUGUGUCUGAUUACGCAUCCAGUCUAAAGGUUGGGAGUUACAUCCUUUUUUUUUUGUUGUUGUGUGUUUUGUUUUUUGUUUUUUUCAUUUUUGUUUUCGGUCUUAACUGGCGUCAAUACUUACACAGUAUUAGUACUGAGAGGUCAGUGGUGAGGUUAGGGCGUGUUGGAAAACACUGUUUAUUAAA